CUUCGAUAUCCCGGAAGCAGUCGGUCUUGGGCUUUCUUUCUACAGCCAUCUUGGUUCCUAACUCCUCACACAAAAUGCCUGGUGAAGCCACCGAAACUGUCCCAGCCGCAGAGCAGGAGCUCCAUCAGCCCCAGGCUGAGACGGCAGCUUCUCCCUCAGCCCCGGGGGAGGAGGCUGCUGCGCCCACAGAAGUGGCAGCGGCAGCCGAGGAGAAAAGGGCUGUCACCCAGACCCCCGAGGUGGCAAGUGAGGCUUCUCAGACGGAGGCGGCACAGGCUGAAGCCGCUUUAGAGCCGUCAGCUGUGGAAGCUAAAACCCUCAACAGUGGUGCUCCUGUACUGCCUGGCCCUCAAGUUCCAGCCCCUGCACCUACUCCCAUUGUUGCUCCAUCAACCCCUGUGGCGGCACCAAAAGAAUCAGCUCCAGAACCUAGUCUUGCACCAACUGCUGCCCCCACAGUGCCUGUGGCCAUUCCUGCAGCACCAGAACCAGUUGCUGCACCUACUGCUACCCCAGCGGUACUUAACACAGCUCCUGCUGCACCAGCCCAGGAACCCAGACCAGAAGCCCCCUCAGUACCUGCCACUUCUGUGGCACCAGCUACAGACAUUUCUCUCUCUAAACCCAGUACCACAUCAGUGUCACAGGCCUCUGUUACCACUCCUAAGAGUUCAGAGCCAAAAGCUGAGUCCAUUUCUACUGCUGCCCCUGUUGCUGAUCUUACAACUGCAGCUCCAAAACCAGACACCCCUCCUACCGAUGCCACGGCAGUAUCUAGUAUCCCUGCCGCAGACCCCAAAGCCCCAGGUGCUAUUCCUCCUGUUGCCAUUGCAGCAGAUAAGGUCUCUGCUGUUGACUUGCCCAGUCCAGCUAGUACAGCUGAGGUCUCUUCUAAGCUUGCUCCCCAGCCUACUGCAGAGCUAGUUCCCCAAAGCCCUGCAAAAGAGCUAACCCCUCCUCCUGCUUCGCCAGCCCCGGAACCUGCGCCUCCUGUUGCUCUUGCUCCCAUUCCCCCAACCCUUGUCUCUGAAACGCCUGUACCUCCUGUCUCUGUACCUCUGCCCGUUGAAGAGGAGGAACUGCCACCUCUAAUUCCCCCAGAGGUUCCUGUGGAAGAGACAACUUUCCAGCCUAUCCCGGUGGAUCUCGUUUCUCCCAAACAGGACACGGUUCCUUCUGUUAAGGAGCCGGUGCUGAAGAACGACAAGGGGUCUGGAACAGACUCUGAUAGUGAUGACUCUCCGCCAGAGCUGGAACACGACUCCCAAGCCACCACACAGCAGGCACAGCUUGCAGCAGCAGCAGAAAUAGAUGAAGAACCAGUCAGCAAAGCCAAACAGAGCAGGAGUGAAAAGAAAGCCAGAAAGGCUAUGUCUAAACUGGGGCUUCGACAGGUUACUGGAGUCACAAGAGUCACUAUCCGCAAAUCCAAAAAUAUUCUUUUUGUCAUCACAAAGCCAGAUGUAUAUAAGAGUCCAGCAUCUGACACAUACAUUGUCUUUGGUGAGGCCAAGAUUGAGGAUCUCUCUCAGCAAGCCCAAUUAGCAGCAGCAGAAAAAUUCAAAGUACAGGGAGAGGCGGUAUCAAACAUCCAGGAGAACACACAAACUCCCACAGUCCAGGAGGAGAGCGAAGAGGAAGAGGUUGAUGAGACUGGUGUGGAAGUAAAGGAUAUUGAGCUUGUUAUGUCACAGGCCAAUGUAUCCAGGGCGAAGGCUGUACGCGCCCUCAAGAAUAACAGCAAUGAUAUAGUAAACGCAAUCAUGGAGUUGACGAUGUGAGGGUCCGCAGGAAGAACUCCAUUUGUCAUGCUCAUGGAUUGGUGCAGCUGAGAUUGAGAUUUAUACUAUUUCUAUUGAUUUAAUAAAGUUGUGGCUUAUUGUUGGU